AUGUCAUUCAGAAAGAGAAGUGAGGUCAUAGGUGGGAAUCCUAUGGCCAAUGCAAGAGCACCCGCUGGCGUAUCGAGACCUGGUGUGCCUGCUAGGGCACCUCCAGUUAAUGGAAGAGGUCCUCCAGUUAGUGGAAGAGGUCCUCCAGUUAGUGGAAUAUCUGCUAGUAGAGGUCUGAUUACUCCUGUUUCUUCCAAAGCAAAGGAGCAGGAACAGUUUGACGCUCUUAUGAAGAAUCCUGGGGUCAGACCAUCAUUAAUAACAUCGCAGCCAACCAUUUCAACGGGUAGUUCUGACUUGGAUAAAAUAAUGUUACAUCAAGGCUUACCUAUUGGGUGUUCAUUGCUCAUUGAAGAGUCUGGGACCACUGAUUUCGCAUCUGUUUUGUUGAGAGCUUUUGCAUCUCAGGGGGUUAUUCAUAAUAGACUUGAAAAAGAUCAAUUACACUCUCAUACAAUUGUAAUUGGAUUGGGAGCAGCAUGGGCCAAAGAAUUACCUGGAUUAUAUAAAGGUUCAAGUAAAGAACAAAAGAAGGCUAAAAUCCAAGAAAAUGAAUCCAAGGUUAGUGUUUCAAAUUUAUCAUCAGCUCCAAGUAGUAAUCGGGCUGAGAAGGAUAUGAAAAUUGCCUGGAGAUAUGGAUUGAAUAAUAAAAAACAAGAACAAGAAAAUAACACUGUUUAUGAACAUUAUAACAACCAGUUUGAUAUCACCCAGAAGCUAGUUCCUGGACCAAGUGGACAAGAUAUGACUUUUGUUCCAUUGAGUAAUAAUUAUAAUCAUAUUAUUCUGCAAUUGAAUCAAAUAAUUAAAACUCAAUUGAAAACAAACUCCUCAAAAGUGAUUCGUUUGAUUGUUCCAAAUUUAUUGAAUCCAUCCAUUUAUAAUCCUGCUUUCAGUUCACCCAGUUUCAUCAUUCCUUUCUUUCAUAGUCUUCGGGCACUUUUGCGUGAAUUCAGUUUUAAUUUAUCAUUAAUAGCAUCUUUGCCCUUAGAUUUAUAUCCUAGAUUCACCAGCUUAACCCUGAUUUUGGAAAAUCUUGCUGAUUCGGUGAUCCAUUUGCAACCUUUCAAUCAACAAAUGUCGGCUUUGAUAGAAAAAGCUUAUAAAAAUGAACCAGCUAAAAUUCAACAAGGUUUAGUCAAUAUUUUCAAACUUCCUGUUUUAUCCGAUAAAGGAAUGAUGAUGGUUUAUGAAGGUGAAUAUGCUUUCAAAAACGGAAGAAAGAAAUUCGAAAUUGAAGAAUGGGGUAUACCUGUUGAAGACGAUGAUUCCAAUAAUAAUAAUGCGUCUCACGAUGGGCAUGAUCAUGGUCCUCAAACCACAAAGAAUAUAGAUUUUUAA